AGUGCUGCAAAACACAACAACAAUUCCAAAGAGUGUUCUGUUCGGUCGGAAUUUUUUCAUGUGCCCGUGCAAUUAAACAAACCUUUUAAUAAUUCCCCAUUGCACGCCCUCAUACGCAUGUAUGUCGCGGGGAUAAUUAAGCAUUUUCGAUUAUCGAACUGUUGCAGUCGUUGCGUGAAUGUCAAAAUUCAAGUUGUUCCUUGGUUCAAAACGUCGCCGAGAAGCCCCAUGAGCAGGAGAGCCGUAGCUGUGACAGAAAAACGCAUCAGUGACUACGCCGUGACUAGAUAUUCCGUGGUCCGGUAAGGAGCGUAUUCCGGGUGCCAGUCCCCGUGCUCGCAGGUGCUUGCAGGACGCACUUAGAUGCCACGGGCGGGUGGGCGAGGACGUGCCCAGGACUAAAGCUGUCACCAGCAGAAGGAUCACAAACUGAGGCACAAUAGAACGCCACAGCACGCCACCCCUCUAGUCCUCUAGUCCCAUCUGCGCUACGCAGAUACGUAAAAAAAUAAAAUAGAAAACCUCCAACGUAUUUGGAAUCGGAAUCGGAAGCAGCAGCAGCAGCAGCAGCGACUGGCCAGUUUCCGCAGAGCAGUUGCAGGCACAGUGGCGUCCACACGGCGCCUUGGCAGCUGUGCUACCUGAGAACUUUGCGAGGAGUGGGUCGAGGACACCGGGCAGCAACAGUUUGUUCGAGGAAUUCGAAUGGCAUUUGGUUGUUUCGCUAGCCUGUUGCCGCGUUGCAUGCCACACAAAAGAUGAACAAUGAACACACGCCGUCAGCAUCGGACAUAUCGGCGGAGCGGAUUGCGGCCACGGGCACAGGAUCAGGAGCAGGAGCUGGAGCAGGUGCUGGACCAGGAACUGGAGCUGCAAAGCUGCCCAUUCCGGACACGCCCAUCGUCUCGAUUGCAUCUGGGACGAUGAGCGAGAGCACCACCACAACCACCGCAACCAAGACGACGCCGACGCCAUUCUCCCAGGAGCAGCUACUGACCAUGAUGUCUCACCAUGUCGCUAAGGAUACCGAAGCCGAAGCGAAGGAGGAGGCAGCUGCUGCUGCUGCCGGCAAGGAGGCCGAACAACCAUCCAAGUCUACAAAGGACGUAAUCCAAGGAGAAGCAGCACAAGCUCCAAAACCAUCUCCAAAUCAUGUAGAAUCCAAUAGUAACAGCAAUGGCAGUAGUGACCCCAAGAAGUCAACCUCCCCUAGUAAUAGUCAUAACGCUAAUCACGCCACCAGCGAUUCGGCGCCGUUCUCGCAGGUCUUCGCCCUGCUGGGGGAGACACCCGGCGCGGAGCUGACGCGGCCGGAGCUCAGGUGUCGUCAGUACGGGGCCACAGCCAAGGGCAAGACCCAGGAUGACCAGAAUGUCGGCAAGCGACAGAAGAAGAAAAAGACAAAAAACCAUGCUUGGGAGGACAGUGAUUUUAAUGAUCUCGACGACGCAUCAUUGAAGAAACUACUCGAAGAGGCCUACUGGUAUCGCAAUCCUGGCGACAGAAAGAACAAAAGUGAGCGUUUUCUGCAAAUGCUCAAAAAGGCUGAGUACGACGAGGAGAUCUCUUAUCGUGCCAUCAAAACCUGCCUCACACUCAACCCAUCGGCACUAGCGUCCGGCGUGCAAGCAGGCUCCAGUUCCGCCGGUGGCAACAAUAACAGUGCUGGACACCAUAACCACCACAAUCUGUACCAUCACCACAAUAAUCAACACUACAACCACCACGCCAGCAUCAAUCACCGGUCGGGGGAUACACAGACAGGACAGGCAGGGCGGCACAAGCAGGGCGGCUCCCUGCAGGAUCUCGUCGAGGCGGCGCACCGCAGCGAGCUGGCCACCACAUCGGCGGCGGCGGCGGCAGCGGCAGCGGCGGCAACGGCAGCAACCCAACGUUUCAACUGUGAUUACCAGCUAAGUGGCCGUUCCAAUCGUCGCCUUCAAAACCAGAACCAGAAUCAGCACAACCAAAACUCGACCACCACCAACACCUCAUCCAGCAACAACAACAACAACAACAACGGUAGUAACAACACCUCCAAGAAGAUCAAGAACUCGUCCGUUUCGGGACGACAGCGUGAAGGUGGUAGCCUGCCCAGCAACGUCAACAAUAUUGACGCCACGGCCAUGGACUCGAAGCAUUCGAAGCCGCAAGAGGUGGGCGGUGAGGCGGGUUCCUCGCAAGGAUCGGCAGGGAAGCAACAGAGCAGCACUGGCAGCUGCUGUAGCUUGCCCAGCCAGCUGGGCGAGGUGGAUACUUGUUCGCUGACAGCCCAGUUCCUGACGAACGAGGACGACAGCGGCAAGCCUGUGAAACGCGACCACCUGCUGGAACACUUGGAGAAGCAUGCUCCGCCGACGCCUCACUCGAUGACCUUCAUGGGCGCCAAGCUGCUGCGCGAGAGCAUGGAGCAGGAACAGGCCGAGACUGCUGAGGCCAGUGGCUACAAGGAGGCCUCUGUCGAGGAUCCGCUGCGCUUUGCCGUCCUGGAGAACACGCUGCAGCAGCAGGCCUACUAUCUGGCCGCCCUGACGGGUCAGUUCGGGCUGGGCAUAGAGCAGGAGCCGAAGCGCAAGGUGGAGGCGGGCUAUGUCUCCCUCAACGACAACUACACGGCCUGUUCGUCGGUCUACGGCGGCGGUGCUGGAUCGCUGCCUGCCCCCGAGUCCGGCAAGGCCUCCACUUCGUCCUCGGCCAAUUCGGCCUCUCCCUCCGAGGCCGUGGGCGGCGGUGAGCUGCGUCCGGCGAAGAUAGGUCGCAUGGUUUCGGCUGCUGCCUCGGCGGCUGCAGCCUCUAUGGGUGGCAAGGCCACCACGCGCCAGUUGGACGAGAACGGCAAUGCGUUGGGUGAAGGAUACGGCGGUAAUAAUGGCAACGGCAAUGGUAACGGCAGCUCCUCCAAUGGCAACGGUAAUGGCAAUGGCAAUGGAAACCAGUUCACCGCUCUGAUCACUACCACUGUGGGCGGCAGUGCCCCCACCUCGUCGGCCGUCCACCGGCAGAUGCUGUCCACGGGCUCGAACACCACCACCACGGCCAUGGCUGCAGCGGCAGUGGCCGCCUCCUACAGCCAGCUCCAGCAGGCACCGGGCAGCGGAACUGUAUCAGUAUCGGGCGCCGGAUCGGGCCUCGCUCCGCCCAGCACCAAGCUGAAGGCCAAGAAGAAGUCGCAGCAGGACCGCAACACCAAGACCGUCGACGUGGAGUCGCAGGCCGGCUACCGGGGCAAGGAUCCCGUCGAGCAGCUGGUCAAGUACAUUGAGAACGACGGCAACGGCAGUGGCGGCAGCGCGGCCGCCCAGCAGAAGAAGAAGGAGCGCAAGAAGCAGAAUAAGCUGAAGAAGAGCAACUCGCUGGAGGAGCUGCGUAGCUGCUCCAAGAUGGAGGUGGACGACCUGAAGCGACAGUCGGCCACCACGGAGAUGAUGCGUCAAAAGAAGGGCUCGAACAACGGUGGCUCAUCCGGUUCCACCGGCUCCGCUGGCUCCUCCGCCAGCGGCAAGCACAACUCGUCCUCCGUGGCCGACAUCAGCAAGAACUGCAGCAAGGAGCAGCAGGCCCAGCCGGCGCCACAACCGGUCCAGGUCCAGGUCCGUUCCGGCAACUCGGGAACGCAACAGAGGAAGGGCGAACGCCGCUCCUGGGGCACCGAGGAGCUGCAGUACCUGGGCAAUGACCAGGAGGUGGCUGCCACUUGGUCCGAGCCGGAGAGCCUCGGCCAGAAGCUGCCGCUCGCCCUCACACGCAUGUCCGAGCUGGAGGCCCUCAAUACCGUGCUCUCGGAGACGGCCGAGUUCCAUGUGGUGACCAAGAAGAAGAAACCAAAGAAGCAGCGGGCAGUGACCAUGGACGAUGCUGCCGUGGCGGCCGCCGCCCACACCGGGGGCAAUCUUCAGAGGAUGCAGCAGAUCACCAAGUCUGCCUCCUCCAACAUGAUGUCCCAGCGGAUGCACUACUACACCCCCUACAACAACAACAACAACAGCAACAACAACAACAAUGGAGCCGGAAAUGUCGGAAACUAUUACAAGCAACAACAACAACAACAACAGCAACAGUACCAGGAGCACCACCAGCCGGGCCAGCAGCACCACCAUCACCAUCAUCAUCACCACCACCAUCACCACCACAGUGGAUCCGCGGUGGCCAACCAGGUGGACAGCUCCCGCCGGAAGUCCACGUCCUCGAUGCCGCCCUCCGAGAAGUCCGAUUCCAGCGACCUGGACUCGGUCCACUCGCUGCCCAUCCAAACGGGCAAGAAGAAGAGCCUGGGCGGCAGCGGUGGCGGCACCAACAAGCCGAAAGGCGGAGCUGGCGGAGGACAGGGCGGCUCCAAGCAGGGAAAGCAGAACAGCCCGUCACCGGCACCCAUCUCGUAUGCGGACAUUGCCAGGAACAAGCAGGAGGCGAUGAACAAUGCCAUUGCCAGCGACACCGAGCUGGAGCUGGGCAAGAGCAGCAAGUCCAAGACCCGGCCUGAUUUCCCAGAACUGCCGGGACCCGCCUCGUCGGCGGUCAGCAGUGCCACCCAGUCGGCCGCCAAUCCCGGCCAGACGUCGGCGCCGUCCUACUCCCAGAGCCUGAACGCCACGCCCGGCAGCAGCAGCAGCGAUGCCGAGACCAGCUUCGCCUCCCCGGAGUUGCCCUCGCAGGCCCAGAUCCCGGCGGAGAUCGUCAACAUUACCAGCGCCAGUGCCGGCAGCACCAAUGGCGGAGCAGCAUCGAUGGUUAGCUCCGCGAGCUCAGGUUUCACCCCGUCACCGCCGGCGCUCCAGAAGUCCAAGAGCGUGGAGCACGACGCCAGCUACAGUUGCACCAGCAGCAACCUGGACCAGCAGUACCCGGCGCUGGAGAAGACCGUCAAGCGGCACAGCACCAACAACGUAUCGCUGGCGGUGUCUGCCACGCCCACCACCUCCGCACACGCCUCGACUCCGGGCGGCUCCUCCUCGCUGUACAACUUUGCGGCUGCGGCCAAGCAGUCAGCCAUUACUACCUCAGUUCUAGCCGCAGCCUCGUCUGCCUCGUCGUCCACGUCCACGUCCACGUCGUCGUCGUCCAACGCCUCGACCACAUCCUCAUCGUCAUCGUCGUCGGCCUCCAUCGCUGCCGCCGGCAAGCUCAAGAGCAAGCCCAAGGAGCUGUCGCCGAGCAGCAAGAAGUUGUCGCCGAAGCCUAGUCAGGAUGAGACUCUGGGGGCCCCGAAGGCCACAACCAGCACAGCCACCAGCACGACUCAGAAGUCGACGGCUGCCACCCAGACGGAGGGAGCCAAGAAGCUGACGAUGAAGCCCAGUGGCGGAGCCCUGGAAUCCACCGCCGGACGACGGGCAGUGAUCAUCCUGAACGAUGAUCGCGACGCGUCGGGUCGGGGCAACAACGAGUUCAUCUUCGGGGACUUUAACGAGGACGAGCUGAAGCUCUUCGACGACAACGAGGAGGAGGAGGAGGAGGAGGAGGACGACAAGGAGAAGGAGAAGGGCAAGGGUUCUUCCAACAAGCAGCAGCAGACGGAGACGCAAACCGAGCCAGAGGGAGAGUCCAACGAGACGGAGCUGGAGGCAGAGGACGAUCCGGAGGAGGAGGAGGAUCGGCAGCCGCGGGCCGAGAAACGAAGGCCCAACGACCGGGAGCAGGAGCAGCUGAACGACUCGGGCACUGCCUCGGAUGUGGUCAACAGCUCCGCCAGCCUGGACAUGCUGUCGAUCUCCGCGGAGGCCGCCCAGUCGUCGCCCAAUGCGGCGGCCACCGCCUCCUCCUCGAGCGCCGUCAGCCUCAUUAACUCGUCCACGCCCUCGGCCAGCGCUUCCAAUUCGUCGUCAUCCGUUUCCAUAUCUUCCACCGCUUCCGGCUCGGCGUCCUCGGCCUCCUCGUCCUCCGGCAAUGUGGGCGCCUGCCUGGCCUCCGUGUCCGGCAUGCUGGCCAACCAGUCGGGCGACAGCGGCAUCUACGCCGCCGCCAACACGUCCGUGAAGGAGCACGUCAACCACUUCCUGAGCAAGGCCAGCAGCAGCGAGGAGAUGCUGCCCUCCAACGUGGCCAUCUCCAUGCAGCAGCUGGAGACGUGCAACGACAUCGAGGCGGCCAUCAUUGCCGCCGCCCGGGCUGCCGCCGCCGCCAGGAGCACCAGCUGCAGCAGAAGCAACUCGCAGGAGUCCAAGCAGCAGCAUCAGCACCACCACCAUCAUUACCACCACCAGGAGCGAAUCAAGAAUCCCAGUGGCAAGGCCGGCACCGCCAUGCCCGUGUACAUGGCCUACAACCACGGCGACGAGGAGGAGGAUGAGGAGUGCCUCCAGGAAUUGAGUUUCAUGGCCGACCUGAGGAGCGACGCUGCCACGCCCACGCCCCCGGAGGGAGUCACUCUGCUGCCGGCGCAGGCCGUCUCCACGCGACCGGCGAUGAUGACCAACACGGAGCUGAUAGUGGAUUACAUAGCCAACACUUGGAAUGCCAUUGCCAACAGCAAGUAUGUGACCUACUACAACGAGCAGGAGCAAGAGACUUAGGCAGGAUCGGGAUCUUACCAGGAUGAUGGCUAAGAUCGGUGAAGGAGAAGAAGAAGAAGCAGCUGCAGCAACGCCAUCUAUCGCAGAUGUUAUGUGUUUGGAUUGCAUGUCUGAAUCGCGUUGUCUAUUAUUACUAUUAUUAUUACUAUUAUUAUUAUUAAUAUUAUUGCUAUUUUUUUUUUUGUAAUUGUUGUGCUGGGCCAUCGUUUACACACACAUAUAUAUAUAUAUACCGAUUAUGCGCAUACAUUAUGAAUAAUUGCUAUAACGAUGAUACGCUUUUAUGCUAAUUAAAGUAACGGUAAACAAUUACGAUAACGAUAACGAUUAUGAGGAGCCUAUUGGAUGGCAAAAGAACGUUAAUAUGUAGAUCUAUCACAGUAAUACCCCCCCUUUAGUGUGAGCUUGUGUGUGUGCAUGCCAUGUGUGUGUGAGUGAGAGUGUAAGUGUGUGUGUGUGCGUGUCUAGGAUCAUAGGGAUAUAUCCAUGCAUAGGUCUAGGAACUAUAUAGAGAGAGACAGUCAGGAUAGCCAGUUCUCCCAGCUGUGAAUAAUAGGGAAGAAUAUAACGGUCGAGCAGAGCCGAGUUAUCGGAUAUCAUCCGUAUAUAUAUAUAUUUAUUUAAAAAAAGAAAGAGAAAGAAAAGGUAAAAGAAAGAGAAAGAUAAUGGAAUCAAGCAUUUGGGAUCUGCUUUUGUUAUUUUAAAACACACAACCUUCAGGCUCCUUGAAACGCAACGUUUUACCAUAAACUACAACUAUUACUAUUAACUAUUACUCAAUUAUGAUUACUAUUGCCUAUUAUUA